CACUAUAAUCAGGAGAUGCCAGACCUUAACUCUACCUACAGACCACCACCAGUGAAGUGCAAUGGAUUUGAUCCCAGGGCUUUCCGCUGGGCUCAGACUAUGAGGCUGGCAGUGGAGGAGAUAAACCAGAGUCCCGGGCUAUUACCCAACUACACUCUUGGGUAUAAAAUCUUUGAUUCAUGUGCGUAUCCGCUGACCGGCCAGAGGGCUGCUCUGGCUGUGUUGAAUGGGCUGAGUGAGGGUAACUCUCCCAUGUGCAGCAGUGUCUCUCCACUCCUCGCUGUGAUUGGGGAGUCUGGAUCUGCUCAGUCGAUUGUGGUCUCAAGAAUCCUGCAGCCAUUCAGAAUCCCAAUGAUCAGCUACUUCUCUUCGUGUGCAUGUUUAACUGACAGAAGAAAAUAUCCUACCUUCUUCAGAGUAAUCCCUAAUGAUGACUAUCAGGUAAAGGCCAUUGCACAGAUGCUAGUGCGUUUUAACUGGACUUGGGUGGGGCUGGUGCGAGGGGACCAUGAAUAUGGCCGCUUUGCUGUACAAGGUUUAAUGAAAGAGCUACAGGGUACCAAAGUGUGUGUAGCGUACCAAGAAAUGAUUCCUCUGCUCUACAAUCACCAGAGGGCACUGGAGAUCAUGCAGGUGAUGCGUAGCUCUUCUGCAAAAGUGGUGGUGGUAUUUUCAGCUGAGGGGGAGAUGACUCCUUUCUUGAGAGACUACAUGGUGCAGAACAUCACUGGAAUCCAAUGGGUGGCCAGUGAGGCCUGGGUCACAGCAUCUGUCUUCACAGGGAACGAGUAUUACCCCUACCUGGGGGGAACCAUUGGGUUUGGCAUCAGAAAAGGUCAUAUCUCCAAACUCAGCGACUACCUGCAGACAGUAAACCCUAAGAGGUAUCCCGAUAAUCUUCUGGUGCAAGAGCUGUGGGAGGCUCUGUAUGGCUGCAGUCCAUCUUCAUUCUCUGGCUCCCAGAUGCCUCCCUGCUCAGGACAGGAGUCCCUGUUGGAGCAGCAUUCAGCCUAUAUGAAUACAUCCAGCCCUAGAGUGGCCUAUAACGUCUAUAAGGCUGUAUAUGCAGUCGCUCAUUCCCUGCACAACCUCCUUCUCUGUCAACCGGGCAGUGGGCCUUUCCAAAACAACUCAUGUGCUCAAAGCAAUGACAUACACCCCUGGCAGCUCCAAUACUACCUCCAGGAAGUGACAUUUAACAUUGACGGGGAGGAGGUGGACUUUGACCUGAAGGGUGACUCCAUACCCUAUUAUGAUAUCAUCAACUGGCAGAGAGGCACAGGCGGGAACAUUGAAUUUGUCAACGUGGGGUUGUUUGACGGAACCAAGCCUGUUGGCGAGGAGCUGGUGAUCCAGGAGGACAGGAUAAUGUGGGCGGGGCAUCAGAGUGAGGUGCCGGUGUCUGUAUGCAGUGCCAGCUGUCUUCCAGGGUCCAGGAAGGCUGUCCGUCGUGGGGAGCCUGUCUGCUGCUUUGACUGUGUACCAUGUGACAAUGGCAAAAUUAGCAAUCAGACAAACUCAAUAGAGUGCACAUUUUGUCCUGAGGACUUCUGGUCAAACAAAGACAGAACAGCCUGCAUCCCAAAGAAAGUAGAGUACUUGACCUUUGACUCCUUGGGUAUAGCCCUGACCGUGAUAUCUGUGCUGGGUGCCUGCCUCACCCUCGCUGUCUUUGCAGUCUUCUUCUAUCACAGAAAUACAGCCAUCGUUCGUGUGAAUAACUCUGAGCUUAGCUUCUUCAUCCUGUUUGCGCUGACUCUGUGUUUCCUGUGUUCUCUGGUUUUCAUUGGAAAGCCAACAUCUUGGUCCUGCAUGCUGCGCCACACUGCCUUUAGCAUCACAUUUUCACUUUGCAUCUCCUGCAUCCUGGGGAAGACACUGGUGGUGUUGGCUGCUUUCACUGCUACCAGGCCAGGGGCCAACAUCAUGAAAUGGCUGGGGAUCAAGCAGCAGAGGGGCAUUAUCUUCAGCUGCACUCUGGUUCAGGUGGUUAUCUGUGCUGCCUGGCUCAUUGAUGCGCCCCCUUCUCCCUCCCGAAAUACAAAAUACGAACGCUCAAAGAUCAUCCUGGAGUGUAGUGUGGGCUCUAGCCUGGCAUUCUGGUGCGUUCUGGGAUAUAUUGGUCUACAGGCCUGUCUGUGCUUUAUACUGGCUUUUCUGGCCCGCAAGUUGCCGGGCAACUUCAACGAGGCCAAGUUCAUCACGUUUAGCAUGCUGAUCUUCUGUGCUGUGUGGCUGGCAUUCAUCCCUGCUUAUAUCAGCGCCCCUGGAAAUUAUGCAGAUGCAGUGGAGUCAUUUGCCAUUCUGGCUUCCAGCUUUGGCUUGUUGUUCUGCCUGUUUGCACCAAAGUGUUACAUUAUUGUACUGAAGCCAGAAAAGAACACAAAACAGCACCUAAUGGGAAAAGAAAAGAAGUGA